AUGUCCGUACAAGUCGAAGAAAUCAUUAAGUCAGAGAUAAUUGGUGAUAAAUGUAUUAAUUUGGAUGCUGAAGUAACAAAUUCAAACAAUGAUAGUAAAUUACAUGAUGAUAAUAGUACAAGAUCAGAAACAAAUCCAAAUGUCGAAGAAAUUUGUUUCUUAAAGUCAACAGAGUCUGAAUGUGAAUAUGAUAUAUCUGAAGAAUCCCACAAGCCCUUCCAAUGCACACUGUGCCCCAAAUCCUACACCAAACAAAGCAAUUUAAAGGAACACUUCAGAGUACACACUGAAGAAAACCUUUACAAAUGCAAAACAUGCCAGAAAAUCUUUACUCGGCAAUCUCAUCUCACCCGUCACUCUCACAUGCACUCGGGUGCAAAACCAUUCACAUGUCAAUACUGCCUUCGAGGAUUCUCACAGCGCAGCAACUUAUUAACACACAUCCUAAUCCACACCAAAGACUCUUCUUACAAAUGUUGUGGCAAAGUUUUCAAGAACCUGAAUCGUUUACAAGAACAUAAAAUUACACAUGGGGACAAACAGUCUUAUGAUUGUGAUGUAUGUGAUAAAAAGUUUGGGAAUGUGGUGUCUUUGUCGAAACAUAAAAUGAUUCAUUCGGAUGACAGGCCUUUUGAAUGCACAGUGUGCGGGAAAGGGUUUACCAGAAGACAUGUUUUGACUAAUCAUAUGCAUGUGCACAAGGCUGCAAAAAUGUAUAAGUGCUCGUAUUGUGAUAAGGAGUUUUCACAACAACGAUAUUUGGUGAGACAUGCAAAGGUACAUAUGGAAAAGGGGUAG